UGAGCAAUGGCUGCAGCCAGUGAUCCUAGGCCGACGCUGUUUCGGUCAGAUGACUUUGUCUACGACACGGGCAAUGACUGGCUUGGUUCAGGCACCUUCGGAGAAGUCUAUAGAUGUCGCUUGAGAGGUUCUGGUCAACUAGUUGCCAUAAAGAUUCUCUCAACGCCUAGGAGACUGAAACCUAGUGAUGAGAAGAGUUUUCUGUCAGAAGUUACCAUCCUUCAUCGACUGACUGAAUGUCCUCACGUUGUUCGAUUACUGGGUUUAUGCACUGAUCAUGGCCAUUAUGCGAUUGUAAUGGAGCAUGUAGGAAAUGGGGAUUUGGAGAGCAUGUUGCUGUCAGGAGAACGUGAGCAUCCUGAAAUCAGAAAGUGGAGCUGUCGACUGAAGAUGAGUUUGGAAAUUGCAAAGGGAAUGGACUUUUUGCACAGUCUCAACCCUUCAAUUAUACACAGAGACUUGAAAACAGCCAAUGUUUUAGUUGAUUGCAAUUACUCCUGCAAGAUUAUAGACUUUGGAUUGUCAACAAUGAGAGGAAUUUCAAGACGAUCAGCAGUUCAAUCGAGCAGUAUCUCAACUGUGAUGGGAACCGUUGCAUUCACUGCCCCAGAAGUCUUUCUAGACAAAGUAGAGAAGAAACAAGAAACAAAGAUUGAUGUUUAUUCGUAUUCUAUCAUUCUGUGGCAACUGAAAGAAAUGAAGCCUGUUUAUGCUACAAUGAGCAGUGCAGUGAUUCGUGCAAAUGUCCUGGCUAACCAGAGACCUAAACUGAGUGACAACAACUGCAGUAAAGGCUUUCGACAAUUAAUUACUCGUUGCUGGAAUGAUCAGCCAGACAGCAGGCUAGAUUUUGGAGAAAUAAUUACAAUGUUUGAAGGGAUCAUAGGACAAACAUCCAUCUCAUGCAAUCAGAGCAGCCGUGGUGGCAUAGACAAUUUAGCUACAGAAGUAGAUACUGGCAAUGCGAUUAGUAGCAUGUCUAUUCAACCAGUCUCUGAUACAAAUGUAUCAUCAUCAGCUUCAAUGUUGCUUGACUCUUUUGAUGAAUCAAAUUUGGGAUCAACUGCUUCAAGUUCUGUUUCAACGCUUUCCUAUGUGGUGCCACAUUCAGGUGCUACCAGCGCAGCAUUAUCAAAUACCGUAUUUGGAUUGAGUCCCAGUCGUACCAGUACAACUCUGCCAUUUACAUCAUCUGUGUCAUCUGUGACUCAAAGUGAAGUUGAUAUUCCAACAACUGCAUCAGUCAACUUUUUACCCUCUUUACUUUCUCUUUCUUUACACGAAAGAAGUGGUCCCAUUAUACCUCGUGUGUCAUAUGGUAUGGGUGGGUUUUUGGACCCUCUCCCAGUGAAACCCAUUGUAACAGUUGAAGAAUCUGCAGACAGAAUAGGUGAUACCCUUUUACAUGGUCAUCGUGAUUUAGAUAAUGGGUUAUCUUUUGUUGAAACAGCACGACAGAAACCUGGACGGAUUGCUGAGGAGGAGGCUCAUCUUUUACCAAAAAGGUGGACACAGUUGCCCCAACUGCCAAAGAGGCAUGGCUUUCUUAAUUGUAUCGGCACAGUCAAAGGCAAGGUGGUUGUUAGUGACUUUCAUAACUUAUAUCUUUGUGAUAUCCUGUCAAGCGACAAAGGUUGGAUGAGUCGUGCAACUGUGCCUGAACUAGGAGCUCGAAUUCAAACAAUUUUUACAGCCAACGAUUGCCUGUUUGCCACUUAUUAUCCCCAACGCAAUAGUAGUACUGGCUGGAGCUUGAAAAUUAGUGCAUAUGAUAUUGAUAAUAACGUGUGGGGUGAUUUCUGUUCUUUGGAACUUGGGUCACAACUGGAAUGCUUCAGUGCUGUUUCGGAUGGUGACAAAAUAUAUAUCGUUGGAGGUGAAUAUCAAUCUGGCACAUUGGGCAAUGUGUUGAUCUAUGAUAUGCGAAGCGGUCAGCAGUCUGGUAGUGCAAAGCUCAAGCAGGCAAGAAAAUUGUGUAGCAGUGUUAUUAUCGAUAACAUGCUUUGUGUUGUCGGAGGAUGGGCCGGCCAGUACAUUAACUCUGUAGAAGCCAUGUCCAUUUCUGACCUUCAUUUGCUUAGUCUGCCUGCGACAUCACUGUAUGGCUGUUCAUGUGCUGUUGCAUCAGGAAAGCUUGUAGUUGGUGGCGGAAGAAUGAUGCCUCAAUAUAAUGGAAUGAUAGGAAAUAGUGUAUCGUGGUUGGACAGCUGGCCUGGUGUUUGGCAGCCGUUGCCAUCGAUGAUCGAUCCUCGUUUUCUGCAUGGGAUGUGCACUUUUGCAGAUGAAAUCAUUCUAGCAGCCGGAGGGAUGCGUGAUGGCACACUGUCGGAUCUGAACACUGUCGAGGCAUUGAAUAUGGAACAGUAGUUUGUAAGCAACACAUAAGUUUGUAGGUAAAACAUAAGGAAAGAAGACUCCAGAUGGCCCAGAGUUUGACAAUGAGCGUGUUUGCUAUAACUGUAUUGCUACUCGGUUUUCAGCUAUUGGUGCAGUCAAGCACACCUGUUAUGCUGCAAUUUAAUUGAUAUCAAUUUUAAUUAAUAGACUGGAAAAUUUAGGUGUGGAAUAUUAUGCAUUGUUUAUUAAUCUGUUGUGAUGGUCAUGUAUUAAAUUUGGUUCACUUGCACGGUAUUGAGUGAAAUGGAAUCAGUUUAGCCAGUACGCAUUUGAUCCAAUACAUGCCAAGAUUCACAUCGCAUCUGUAUCUGCCAACUGGUUGGGACUAGUGAUGCACAGAGUUGUAUGUCUUUAAGAAACUGAAACACGUAAUAAGUACUACAGUAGAUAGCAACAUUUUUAAUGUUAGGCACAUUGAGUAUUACAGAAGAGAGAGUAACAGGUAAGUAAUAAUUGAUACCACAUUUAAUAUAACAUGUCCUUAUUUUUCAAAGGGCCUGACAGAUGUCUUUACUAGAGACAUGUCUUUGUUGAAGACCGUGUCCUACAUAGUUUCAAUGUUGGUUAACUCAACUGUGCUCACAUUUAUUUCGCUAUCAUUUAUUGCCAUAUCGAAUACACAGUGACACUGUUUGACUACUGGUACACUAUUCUAGGUAGUGGUGGUACACUACUAGGUAGUGGUACUUCACUUGACGUGUCUGCUUUGUAUUGGAGACUAACUUUUGUUCUUUGUAUGAGCUAGGGUCCCUAGUUUGCUAGCUUCUAGUG